UGUUGUUGAAGCACACAAUUUAACUUGCUAAGUUCAUCCUUUUGUAUACACAAGAUGGUCAAGUCUCAUGUUGAUUCCCAAGUAUUUUCCAUAGUCUCCAAGUUGCUACUGUUUGAGAUCUUAAUGGCUACCUUCACCACAACAGAUGCCCAAAUUGGUGUUUGCUAUGGAACUGUCGCAAACAACUUGCCACCCCCACAAGAAGUAAUAUCUCUUUACAACCAACAUAACAUCAAACGGAUGCGGCUGUAUGGUCCAAACCAUGACGCUCUUGAAGCUUUAAGAGGCUCCAACAUUGAGCUCAUGCUUGGUGUCGAACACGAACGCCUUCAGGAUAUUUCUUCUAACCAGGCCAAUGCAGAUGACUGGGUACAAAACAAUGUGGUGAAGUAUGGAGAUGUAAAUAUCAAAUACAUUGCGGUUGGGAACGAAAUAGAAUCAGGUUUGUUAGCACCGUUUGUUGGCCCUGCCAUGGAAAAAAUUCAAAAUGCAAUUUCCCAGGCUGGCCUUGCAAACAAAAUUAAAGUCUCCACAGCUGUUCAUCCUAUAAUCCUCCAAGAGUCUUUCCCUCCAUCAAAAGGAUCAUUCAAGCAAGACUAUCGAUCAUUUCUUGAUCCCAUCAUUAGUUUUCUUGUGGGAAACCAAUCUCCGUUGCUUGUUAAUAUGUACUCAUACUUUAGUUACAUAGACAAUCCGCAAGAUAUUGACAUUCAGUAUGCUCUUUUCACAUAUCCAUCAGUGGUUAAAGAUGGAGACCUUGGCUACCAAAACUUGUUUGAUGCACUUCUAGAUGCACAUUACUCUGCACUAGAGAAGGCCGGAGGUAGUUCUUUGAAGAUUGUUGUAUCAGAGACUGGUUGGCCCUCUGCAGGUGGCGAUGGUGAAGUUACAACGAUAGAGAAUGCCAGAAUCUACAAUUCAAAUCUGAUUAACCAUGUCAAGGGUGGCACUCCGAAGAAACCUGAAGGCCCGAUAGAGACUUACAUAUUCGCCAUGUUCAAUGAGAAUGAGAAAGGUGGAGCAGAGACUGAGAAGAAUUUUGGGCUCUUUUUACCAACCAAAGAUCCAGUUUAUCCUAUCAAUUUCAACUAAGAGUUUUUUACAUAUAUAGACACAUUUUAUUUUGGGAAAAAUUCAGCAACAGUCCUUGAAUUCAUGUGAUAAGAACAAUCUGAUCUCUGACAUUUAAAAAAAA